GAUUAGUGUGUGUCUUGCGCAGUCAUCUCCAUAGAAGCCUGCCUCGGCCUGUAUUGCAGGCUGUGUAUCCUGGGACAUAAGCUUUCUGGUUGUCAGUGUCCGCUGCAGCUACAUAGGCAGCCCGUAUGUGCUGGACUACAAGUACCAGCAUGCCCUACCACCUUCUCUCUGAAAGGACAUGCUGGGCCUUGUAGUUCCACAGCAGCUGGAGAACCCUCUUGCCCUGGUCUCUGUUUAUGAUCACACUGUGGGGUGUCCAUAAUGCAGCAGUUCAGUAGACACAAGCUAGGUCGCUACUAGAUUAUAUUGUUUUAUUUAUUUAUUAACAGUUUCUUAUGUAGCGCAGCAAAUUCCGCUGCACAUUACAACUGGACACAAGACAAACAGUCAGAGGUGAUGGCAGAUAACAUUGGCAGGUGAGCCAUGAAUGGGACAUUGCCUUGCUAGGCAGAACCAAAGUAAGCAUGGUCUGUGCCAAGGGGAAGGGCACUCUGCGAUUGCGCGUUCCAUGGCAGCUGGAGAUGAACUGCACCGAAUGGUUUAACGUGCUGUAAGCCUGGUGGGCAGUGAGAGCUUCUGUAACCCUGCUGGAGGGCGCAGAUUUGCCCCACGUUGUUUUCGGAGAGGUUAUAGAAGACCAUUGCCGUGCAAGAGCUGAGCUUUCUCAGAACAGCUUUGAAAUGAUCAUCCAGAAUGGACCGCUCUGCAAGUCACAGUUGUCACCUUCUUCAGCAGCUUCAUGAGCAACGUAUCCAAGGGCUGCUUUGCGAUUGCAUGCUGGUGGUCAAAGGAGUCUGCUUUAAAGCACACAAGAAUGUGCUGGCUGCUUUCAGCCAAUACUUCCGAUCUCUGUUUCAGAACGCUUCAACCCAAAAAGAUGUAUUUCAUUUGGAGAUUAAAAAUAUUGGUGGCAUAGGUCAAAUUUUGGACUUCAUGUACACUUCUCAGCUAGACCUAAACAACGAUAACAUACAAAUGAUGUUGGACAUUGCACAAUGCCUGCAAGUACAACACGUUCUGAACAUGUGUUACAGCUUCUUAAAACUGACCACAAACCUAGAUCCAGUAACCUCCAUACCAUCCACCAGUUCUUUGCCUCUCCAGGGCUCUUAUACCACAUUUGCUAAUCCUAUUUCCAGUGAGCGCCCAUGCACUACCCUCCUAGUGGAGCCUGUAGCAGAUGACAGACCUCCUCCGGUUGACAAGGGGAACGUUCCUUCAAGCAAUGUACCCAAGAGUACUCCUGCCUCCUUCAGCACAAGUAAUAAGGAAAGUCAACUAAAACAAAUAGGUCACCCUUACAAAUUGCGGGAUUUUUACAGCAAGCUUUUCUACAAGGAGAAUGCAGACAAGGCGGCAGAGCAGCUAUCCGCAUCCAAUGUUUGCACAGAAUCUAAUAUCAUUGAGACCCAGCCAUGGACAUUGACUAACUCUGAGUCCAUAUUAGCACCAUCUGAUACUUUACCGUUGGAGCCCUUACCUGCAUUUUCACAUACGUUUGUCUCGCCCCAAGAUCCAGAGGUAACACCGUUGCAGUUUCCUACAGAGAUGCGUCUUAAAAAAGCGAUUCACCUCAAGAAGUUAAACUUUCUCAGGUCACAGCAGGCAGCUGAGGAGUCAUCGGAACCGAUAGGGGUCCUGCAGAAAGCUAUAGAGGAGACGGUGUUCACCAGUGAGGAGCUGAGAAGCACUGAUCAAAGCUUCUUGGAGAAGGAAGCGGAGAGCGAAAUCCAUGACAGCACAGAUCACGAUGCUGAGGUAGAGCGAGCUGAGAAUCCGGAUUUGGAUGAUCAUGGUGUACCGACUCCCAAACACUGCUCUUGUGAUGUAUGCGGAAAGAGUUUCAAACACCCAAGUAACCUGGAGCUACACAAACGUUCUCAUACAGGUGAGAAACCCUUCGAAUGUAGUGUUUGUGGGAAGCACUUUUCACAGGCCGGUAACCUUCAGACUCAUUUACGGCGGCAUUCUGGUGAAAAGCCUUUUAUAUGCGAGAUUUGUGGGAAAAGGUUUGCUGUCUCGGGUGAUGUCCAGCGUCACAUUGUCAUUCACACAGGAGAGAAGCCCCACCUGUGUGAUGUCUGCGGCCGAGGUUUUAGUAAUGUCAGCAACUUGAAGGAACAUGAAAAGACUCACGCAGCGGACAAACUGUUCACCUGCCACGACUGCGGCAAAUCAUUCAACAUGCCCCGGAAAUUAAUAAAACACCGAAUCCGCCACACUGGGGAGAGACCGUACAGCUGCCUGACGUGUGGAAAAAAGUUUGCCGGCUCAGGAGACCUGCGCAGACACGUGAGAUCGCACACAGGGGAGAAGCCGUACACUUGUGACGUGUGUAAUAAAAGUUUCUCCCGCUCAGCCGUCCUUAGGCGUCAUAAAGAUAUGCACUGCAAGCCUGGGGAAGACCGGGAAAUCACUGCGGAAGAAUUGGCGAACGCUGUGGACUCCUCCGACCUGGAGAAAUCUCAAAAUUCAGAUUCGUUAGCUCAGAACAUUUCCGUUGCUUUCAUACAAGAACCUGGAGCUUCAGUGGAAAACGCAGCUAAUUCCUAUUGUAAAUUACAAACUGUGAGUCAGCAGGAGGAACUUACCGCACAGGGCAAGAGAAGCACACAGCGUUCAAAGGCCUCAAAGCCCCACUUAGCAGACACUGCCCAAACCUAUGCAUUUACGGAGGUAGAGGUUGCAGUCACAGAAGAAAGUUUGCACUCUGACAUCUCCAUGAUACGCUCCUCCUUAGUAACUUUGGAGAGUAACUGCAAUGAGCCGAUGAGUAACCGAGCAUCUGGAUGCAGAGGUUCCGAUGGCCCUUUCUUCACUAGUAUGACACUCUGGGGGCUCGCGAUGAAGACUCUGCAAAAUGAAACCGACCUGGACCAGUGAUUUUUACUAUAUUAACAGAUAAAUUCAUGUGUAAAUAAAGAGUUUAGCUAAUUUUAAUAA